CAGGUGAGAACCUGCUGAGGCGGCGGGUACACCGUGUGCUUUCGUCUCUCUUCAUCAACAAAGUUCAUCAGCUGAGGAAAUAAACGUUAUUUGACGGUGGAGGAAACGAUCAAGGAAACAUUAGACGCGCCAGAGCAAACUAAAGUGAAUUAUUACCGAUUUAAAGUAAGGUUUUUCAAACUCGGCCCCCAGCGCUGUUCUCCAGCUCACCCCGACUCCUGCAGGCUCUGUGCGGGAGGACAGGCGCUCCAACGCGGCCGCUUUGUUCCUGGCGAUCCGGUCGAGCUGCUCGGGACUCAGACUCACACACUCCGGAUCCUUUUUUAGUCUUUUGACCUGAGAAGAAAUCUUGGUGUAUUUAGUGGAAUUCACGCAUCGAUUUUGGAGAAGAAAGCAGCUCGGUCUGCGCAGGAAGGGCAAAACUGCCAUUGCAACAUGUCCACACCCUGUCCCCGAGUUUAAUUUAAAGGUUCCAUUAUGAACAAGCAAGUAGGUGUAAGUGAGGAACGCCUGGUGUGUGGAAGGCAUCCAGAGAGAACUGUAGCCGAGGAGGAUGAAGACACAGAGGACGAGGAGUUCUCUCAUCCCAUCCCAUGGCGAAAGAUCGAAGGAGAAGGGCUGGACUGUGAUUACGGAUUACUGUUCUCCAAGGAAGAAGCAGACAGGCUUUUCCUGCAACUAGAACAGGAGGUGGAAUACUUCACAGGUGAAGAAACGAAGGUGCAGGUGUUCGGGAAGAUGCACAGCGUUCCCAGAAAGCAGGCGACUUAUGGGGAUGAAGGAUUGACCUACUCUUUUUCUGGAGUACACCUUGCAGCCAGAGUCUGGACUCCGACCCUGGACUAUAUUCGUGAUGCAGUCACCAAGGCAACAGGGCAAACCUUCAACUUUGUCCUGAUAAACAGGUAUAAAGACGGCCUGGAUCACAUAGGGGAACACCGAGACGACGAGAGGGAAUUGGACCCCGCUUGUCCCAUUGCUUCCGUGUCGCUCGGAGCUGCACGCGACUUCAUUUUCAGACACAGAGAUGCCCGCGGAGGGGCAAACAGACGGCACGUCGAACCUGUGAAAUUAGAACUGGCGCACGGAAGUCUCCUUCUCAUGAACCCGCCCACCAACACGUACUGGUAUCACAGCCUGCCAGUUCGGAAGAAGGUGAGGACGCCGCGCAUCAAUCUCACGUUCAGGCGAAUCGUCAAGGUGCAUCGAGGGGGGAAACAGGAGUGAUUUUGGAUUUCUGAACUCAGCCAAUUAUUUAAAUGUGUAAUUAAUGAGAAAUGUGAUGGAACCACAUCCCAUUUUUCUGAGUGUGCUGCAGGCAUCAGUGUCGGUCGGUGAAAACAUCUCGUCUUUGCACUUGUCAGAUAAGUAAAGGUUCAGCAGAAUGA